AAGACUUGUUAGGACUUCUCUUAUUAUUUGAGAGGUGAAAUAAAGAAGCAAGCUGCCGGUGUCAAGUAUCGUGGGGAAAGCUAAAGCAAGCAGCGAUGGACUUCUCUACUCUAUCAGAGGCAUUGGAAUCCAAAUCCUACGCCAAGAUCGCCGAUAUCUGCGACAACCUCAUGCUUCAGGUUGCGGCGGAGGGCGUCGCCUAUCAGGACGAGUGGCCCUACACGAUUCAUCUCCUGGGUCACAUUUAUUCUGAUGAUACUAACAGUGCACGGUUUCUAUGGAAAUCAAUACCUGCCGCAAUCAAAGACAACCAGCCGGAACUGCUUGCUGCUUGGGAAAUUGGCCAGAAGUUAUGGAUGCGGGACUAUGCAGGUGUGCAUGAGGCUAUUCACGGAUAUGAUUGGAGCCAGCAAGUUCAAGGCCUCGUUGCUGCUUUUUCAGAGCUUUACACAAAGAAAAUGUUUCAGUUGCUGCAGUCUGCUUAUUCUACAAUAAGCAUCCAAGACACUGCUCUUUUUCUAGGAAUGAACGAGGAUAAUGCCACAAAUUAUGUGGUACAACAAGGUUGGAUUUUGGAUCCUGCUUCUCAAAUGCUUACAAUGAAGAAGCAACAACUUGUGAAAGAGCAGAAACUAGACCCCAGUAAAUUGCAGAACUUGACAGAAUAUGUGUUCUACCUAGAGCAUUAAAAGGGAUUUUUGAUGAGUCCAGCUACUGCCGAUGCAUUUUUUAACAGGCGUAUUAGUUUAUUUACUGGGAAGAGUUGAUGCGCUGAAAAUCAUUAAAAUUUUUAAUUUUAAUUUGAGGAGUUGUGGUAAAUAUGUAGCAUCUUUUACUUGAUUAUUUUGAAAUCAUGGAGAGAUUUACUCGGUUCUUA